ACAGCCGGGCGGGCGGGCGGGCGACAGGAGCGGCAUGGAGCGGUGCGCGGGGCAGCAGCAGCCCGUCUUCAGCCGGCCCAAGGUAGAACUUCAUGUCCACCUGGAUGGAGCCAUUAAACCAGAAACCAUCUUGUACUUUGGCAAGAAAAGAGGAAUUCAGCUACCUGCCACCACUGUUAGUGGCCUGCUGCAGCACAUCAGUUACAACAAGCCACUCACUCUCACCCAGUUUCUAGAAAAGUUUGCUCAUUACAUGCCUGUGAUCGCGGGAGACCGUGAUGCUGUAAGAAGAAUAGCUUAUGAAUUUGUAGAAAUGAAAGCCAGAGAAGGCAUCAUCUAUGUUGAGGUCAGGUAUAGCCCUCACCUCCUAGCCAACUGCAAAGUGGAUCCUAUUCCAUGGGGCCAAAAAGAGGGCGACCUCACUCCAGAUGAAGUGGUUCACCUCGUUAAUCAGGGAUUGAAGGAUGGAGAAAGGGAUUUCCACAUCAAAGCCAGGUCUAUUCUAUGCUGCAUGCGCCAUAUGCCAAAUUGGUCCUCCGAAGUGGUGGAGCUGUGCAAGAAAUACCACAAUAAUUCAGUUGUAGCCAUAGACUUGGCUGGUGAUGAGCUGUUGAAGGCUGAAACCGACCAAGGUCAUAGGAGGGCUUAUGAGGAAGCUGAAAGAUGUGGCAUUCAUCGAACUGUCCAUGCUGGGGAAGUUGGGCCUCCGUCUGUCAUCAAGGAGGCAGUCAGCUUACUGAAGGCUGAGCGGAUUGGCCAUGGAUACCAUGUCAUGAAUGACCCGGCGCUUUAUAAGGAACUGUUGGAUAGGAGAAUGCAUUUUGAGACCUGCCCUUGGUCCAGUAACCUCACUGGAGCAUGUGACCCGGACUUUAAGAAACACCCAAUAAUACAGUUUAAGAAGGAUCAAGCCAAUUAUUCUCUAAAUACUGAUGACCCGCUUAUUUUCAACUCCACAAUCGAUACUGAUUAUAAAAUAGCUAAGAAAUACAUGGACUUCACUGAAGAGGAGUUCAAGAGAGUGAACAUCAAUGCAGCUCAAGCCAGUUUCCUGCCUGAGACAGAAAAGAAUAAACUUCUCAAUAAGCUGUAUGAAGCCUAUGGGAUGGCCCCCAAAAAAUCCUGACUUGGCCUCUACCAGCCAGCAUGGUGCAGUAACCUCUUCCCACGUAGACGUGACUCCUCUGUGCGCUAGUGGGAGCAGCAGGGAGGAGGUGCCCCGGCAUCAGCUUCUAAUACUGAUAUUACUAUGCUAACAUUUCCAAUGCUACACAUACAUUAUAAAGCAACAUUUCCAUGAUCCCUACAGUAUAUACCUACCUACAGCAACCGCAUAUCCUGGUGCUACAUUAAUUGAAACCUAAUUUUCUAUAGUUAUGAUAUGCAAACUUAUUGGUGCAAUUUUCUGGCCUAACUUCGUUGCGGUUGACACCUGUUUUUGUAAAACGAUUUUAGUGAGAGUGGUGACCUUUGCUAUGUGACUUCAUGUCACUUCAGUUCCUCUGCCCUCGCUCAUCUGCCUUAGUCCUUGUCUGCACUACAAAAAUAGCCAUGUUUAACUGUGGUCAUAUUCAAAUAAUUUUUUCUUGUCUGUAAUCUUACUACAAGAACCCUGUGUUAAUGCUGAUAGGUACCUAAAAUCAAAUGACAAGUGGUAAGAAAACAGUUAUAGCAUUGUUUGGCCACUUUUAUUUUUAAACAUGGUUAAUCUUGUAUUGUAAAUGGAGACUGUGAACAAGAUGGAAACCCCAGCAGUUGUUCCACUGAGGUCUUCUUCUUCCAGCAAUGUAGUAUUUUUUUAAUUUAACAAUUUAUUUUGCACUUUUUGGUUUAAAAACAUCUGUAAAAGAGGGCCUUCAAUUUCUAGAAUGUCACUUAAUGAAAAAGCAUGCAUCUCAUUGGCUACAGGACUCUGCAGUGUGCAUUGGGAAAGCCCAGAAACCUGCUGAGGGUUUUUUUUGCCUGUCCACACAUGUAAAAACUGCCUUAAAUUUAUAACUUCAGGCCAGAUUCUUCUCUGGGAUUCCCCACUCUGGUAUUCUGCAUCUAGGGGAACUCCUGAGAGCUUCAUUUUGUUUUUAUUCUAUUUUAAAAGGAUCUUAAAAAGAUGGUAACCUUCAGUUGUCCAGCUCUCUUUCUGACCUACGAUAAUCUAAAAGCACCAUUAAUAAAUGAAUGAACUAAAUGAACAGAUUAAUAAGAUAGGGUCCAAUAUCUAUUACAAUGACCCAAAUAUUUUCUAAACUACUUGUGCUAUUAGCAGAGUUCUUGCUGGAAGUCAUAUUUUUAGUAUGUUCUGAGAAUUUUCAAAGGAAAUGUUAACCAGAGUUCUUAUGACACUUCUCUCUUUGCAACAAAAUGAUUGCAUCUUUGGUUUACAGUAGGUUCUCUUCUGAGAGUUAGUCUAAAGAGUUAAGAAAGGUAUGUGUGUGCUGAGUGCUUCAGUAUGGCAAGGGACUGCAGAAACCUGUACCACAAAGCUACCAACACCAAAACUGCCUUUGAUAAAGGGCUACAUUUAUCAUUAUUGUGGAUAUUGAAAGAUGGCUGAAAUUGGAGCAGUCAGUCUCAGACCUCAAACCAGGGAAUGGGAUUCUUCCGCUCUUUUCUAGGCUUAUAAUACUUAUUUCACUUGGGUUAUAAAAUGUUCUUAUAAAUACACUCUGCAUAUAUAUAUAUAUAUAUAUAUAUAUAUAUAUAUAUAUAUAUAUAUAUAUAUAUACACACACACACAUAUAUACACAUAUGCAUAUAUACACAUAUAUAUGAAAAUGAAUUAUUUUAUUUUUAUAAGGCAAAUACAACAUCAGUUUUAAGAAUGGUGACAUUGUUUGAACCAGUUUCCCUUUCUCUCAUAUAUUUUUUGUAAUAUCUCAAAAAUACACUUUUGAAGAACAACAGUUCACCUCUUGGAGACCCAGAGCAACCUGCAAGUCUGGUUUAAUAAAGUAACAAGUUUGUAUUAAAA